AAAACACUGUAUGGCUCUUGAAAGCUCAAAACCCGGCUCACGCCUCAAUGAAGAUGAUGCUAUUCCUCCUGCAACAGUUGCCAAUGGAAACCAGAGUGACACGGGAAGAACAAAUGUCAAUAUUUCAUUUGGAAAGAAAAAUGCAUUGACAGACAGCAGCGAAGUGCCGUAUGUCAACGUAGCAGUGGUCAACGAUCAUGAAGGGAGUGACGAUGAAGGGAACGACGAUGAAGAAGAUGAUGAGCUGAGGAAAAGAGUGGAGGAGUUCAUUGAGAAAAUCAACCGAGGAUGGAGAAAAGAGAAAGGCUUGUAACACAAUCUGGUCUAUAUAACUAACAGUAAAAAGUACUAGAAAUUAAUGUUGAUUGAAUAGAUGAAGUUAAGAAAAUUUUUCCCAAAUCAGGGGAAAGAAUGGUAAUGUUUUGUUUUUGUUUAAGUUUCUUUUCAUCAUUGUCUCUUCUGGAACAGUACUGUAUA